CUACAUAUUACGCGAAUCCAACUUCAUCAGCUUCGGCUGUCAACAUCGCUCGAAGCAGGCGAAAAAACGGUGUUCGCAUUUGGAUAUGUACUGUGCAAUGGGUUGAGCCACCUAGACAACAUUCGUUACAGGGAAAAUACCAAGAAAAAUGGAGAAAUUUUGAUACACAAAUUACCUGGCGCGUUGUAUGUUGCAAAAUGCCAGGCAUUGUAGUGUUUCGCAGACGAUGGUCCGUCGGCUCAGACGAUUUGGUGGUGCCAGCCGUUUUUCUACUGGUUUUGCACGCAGCAUGGAUCAUCAUCCUGGGCAUCAUCCUUGGUGUGGUGGACUUCGAGAGGAAGGUGGCGUGCACCCAGGACCUCCACGACCAUGUCCUGGGCUACCUCAUCAUACUGUCUGUGUGCUUCUUCAUGGAGCUGCUCAUCGCCAUCAUCAGCAUGCGGGGCGGCAUCCUGGACAACCACCCACGACGCAGCAUGCAGUACCUGCUGUACCUCAGACUCAUUGUGUUCCUGGGAGAGCUGGCGUGGCUGGUGGUGGGCAUCGUGUGGACAGCCAAACACUUCAACACCUGCAACCCAAUAUCUGCAAAGAAGGCCGUCCUAGGUGUGAUCGUAUGCAACUGGUUGGUGAUGCUGAUAGUGAUCGUCUCCCUUUGGUGCACGUUUGACUCAGCAGGCAGAAAAUGGGUGAAGAUGAAGAAAUACCAAGACAGCCUAAAGGAGAAGCGACGAGGGAAUCGCAGGAUCUCUGGGAGUACUCGCAGGAACUGGCGCCAGAGGUCUAGGCUAAUAAAGGAAUUUUUCCAUCAAAAGUUCCGCAGGAAGGCAUUCCGAGCGUACGAGGAGAGUUGGGACCGUCGUCUACAGCUGCUGUGCUGCUGUGUGGAGCGCAAGGGAAGGAACAGGAACUCCAUUGCCGAGAUCGCCCAACUCUUUACGGAAUUCUUCCGGGAUUUAGAUGUGGUGCCAUCCGAUGUGAUCGCAGGCCUGGUUCUACUUCGGCAGUUCCAGAAGCAGCGCAUGGCCAACAUCGUAUGGCAGGGUAACAACGACGUCUACCAGUACCUGUCAGGGGUGCCCAUCACCCCCCACACCCAGUUCCUCCAGCUGAGCGUGCCGUCCGUGAUGGAGGACUACCGCCGCGUCAUCCACUACAUGAGACACGCCCUGGCGGCGUACGGCUGGCCCGCCACCAUGAUGAUCAACCCCGGGACCUGGCUGUGUCGACUCAUGCCCUUUCUCACUUGUUGCUGCUGCAACAAGCAACGCAAUGCCAUCGUCAUCGACGACAACUGCUGCCUGUGCAACUUCUCCGCCUUGCGUCGUAUCAGCGGUCUCCAGGAGGUGGAUGUGGUUUAUGCGACCUACCAUGUUGAUAUUGGUGAGACUCCAUUUUAUGUGGCCCUGGACCAUGCUGAGAAGACUGUGGUUGUCUGUGUUAGGGGCACACUGUCAUUACAGGAUGUGCUGACAGAUCUAAAGGCGGAGGCGGAGACCCUCCCCCUGACACCGCCCAGGGAGGACUGGCAAGGUCACAAGGGCAUGGUGCAGGCUGCCGUCUACAUCAAGAAGAGGCUGGACGAGGAGGGCAUCAUCAUCAAAGCCAUGAAUCUUGCCGAGGAGCUGAGUUCCGAGAAGUACGACCUGACCCUAGUGGGUCACUCUCUGGGGGCGGGCACAGCCGCCAUCCUGGCCAUCCUCCUUCAGCCCGAGUUCCCCACCCUGCACUGCUACGCCUUCUCUCCCCCAGGGGGACUUAUCAGGUCAGUCCACUCACUGCAUCACACAAACACCCCCCCACCCUGCACUGCUACGCCUUCUCUCCCCCGGGGGGACUUAUCAGGUCAGUCCACUCACAGCAUCACACAAACACACCCCCACCCUGCACUGCUACGCCUUCUCUCCCCCGGGGGGACUUAUCAGGUCAGUCCACUCACAGCAUCACACAAACACACCCCCACCCUGCACUGCUACGCCUUCUCUCCCCCAGGGGGACUUAUCAGGUCAGUCCACUCACAGCAUCACACAAACACACCCCCACCCUGCACUGCUACGCCUUCUCUCCCCCGGGGGGACUUAUCAGGUCAGUCCACUCACAGCAUCACACAAACACACCCCCACCCUGCACUGCUACGCCUUCUCUCCCCCGGGGGGACUCAUCAGGUCAGUCCACUCACAGCAUCACACAAACACACCCCCACCCUGCACUGCUACGCCUUCUCCCCCCCAGGGGGACUCAUCAGGUCAGUCCACUCACAGCAUCACACAAACACACCCCCACCCUGCACUGCUACGCCUUCUCUCCCCCAGGGGGACUUAUCAGGUCAGUCCACUCACAGCAUCACACAAACACACCCCCACCCUGCACUGCUACGCCUUCUCUCCCCCGGGGGGACUUAUCAGGUCAGUCCACUCACAGCAUCACACAAACACCCCCACCCUGCACUGCUACGCCUUCUCUCCCCCAGGGGGACUUAUCAGGUCAGUCCACUCACAGCAUCACACAAACACCCCCACCCUGCACUGCUACGCCUUCUCUCCCCCAGGGGGACUUAUCAGGUCAGUCCACUCACAGCAUCACACAAACACCCCCACCCUGCACUGCUACGCCUUCUAUCCCCCAGGGGGACUUAUCAGGUCAGUCCACUCACAGCAUCACACAAACACCCCCACCCUGCACUGCUACGCCUUCUCUCCCCCAGGGGGACUUAUCAGGUCAGUCCACUCACAGCAUCACACAAACACCCCCACCCUGCACUGCUACGCCUUCUCUCCCCCAGGGGGACUUAUCAGGUCAGUCCACUCACAGCAUCACACAAACACCCCCACCCUGCACUGCUACGCCUUCUCUCCCCCAGGGGGACUUAUCAGGUCAGUCCACUCACUGCAUCACACAAACACACCCCACCCUGCACUGCUACGCCUUCUCUCCGCCGGGGGGACUUAUCAGGUCAGUCCACUCACAGCAUCACACAAACACCCCCACCCUGCACUGCUACGCCUUCUCUCCCCCAGGGGGACUUAUCAGGUCAGUCCACUCACAGCAUCACACAAACACCCCCACCCUGCACUGCUACGCCUUCUCUCCCCCAGGGGGACUUAUCAGGUCAGUCCACUCACAGCAUCACACAAACACCCCCACCCUGCACUGCUACGCCUUCUCUCCCCCAGGGGGACUUAUCAGGUCAGUCCACUCACAGCAUCACACAAACACACCCCCACCCUGCACUGCUACGCCUUCUCUCCCCCAGGGGGACUUAUCAGGUCAGUCCACUCCCAGCAUCACACAAACACACCCCCACCCUGCACUGCUACGCCUUCUCUCCCCCAGGGGGACUUAUCAGGUCAGUCCACUCACAGCAUCACACAAACACACCCCCACCCUGCACUGCUACGCCUUCUCUCCCCCAGGGGGACUUAUCAGGUCAGUCCACUCACAGCAUCACACAAACACACCCCCACCCUGCACUGCUACGCCUUCUCUCCCCCAGGGGGACUUAUCAGGUCAGUCCACUCACAGUAUCACACAAACACACCCCCACCCUGCACUGCUACGCCUUCUCUCCCCCAGGGGGACUUAUCAGGUCAGUCCACUCACAGCAUCACACAAACACACCCCCACCCUGCACUGCUACGCCUUCUCUCCCCCGGGGGGACUCAUCAGGUCAGUCCACUCACAGCAUCACACAAACACACCCCCACCCUGCACUGCUACGCCUUCUCUCCCCCAGGGGGACUUAUCAGGUCAGUCCACUCACUGCAUCACACAAACACACCCCCACCCUGCACUGCUACGCCUUCUCUCCCCCAGGGGGACUUAUCAGGUCAGUCCACUCACUGCAUCACACAAACACACCCCCACCCUGCACUGCUACGCCUUCUCUCCCCCAGGGGGACUUAUCAGGUCAGUCCACUCACAGCAUCACACAAACACACCCCCACCCUGCACUGCUACGCCUUCUCUCCCCCAGGGGGACUUAUCAGGUCAGUCCACUCACAGCAUCACACCAACACACCCUCACCCUGCACUGCUACGCCUUCUCUCCCCCAGGGGGACUUAUCAGGUCAGUCCACUCACUGCAUCACACAAACACACCCCCACCCUGCACUGCUACGCCUUCUCUCCCCCAGGGGGACUUAUCAGGUCAGUCCACUCACAGCAUCACACAAACACCCCCCCACCCUGCACUGCUACGCCUUCUCUCCCCCGGGGGGACUUAUCAGGUCAGUCCACUCACAGCAUCACACAAACACACCCCCACCCUGCACUGCUACGCCUUCUCUCCCCCAGGGGGACUUAUCAGGUCAGUCCACUCACAGCAUCACACAAACACACCCCCACCCUGCACUGCUACGCCUUCUCUCCCCAGGGGGACUUAUCAGGACAGUCUGUCCACUCACAGCAUCACACAAACACACCCCCACCCUGCACUGCUACGCCUUCUCUCCCCCGGGGGGACUCAUCAGGUCAGUCCACUCACAGCAUCACACAAACACACCCCCACCCUGCACUGCUACGCCUUCUCUCCCCCGGGAGGACUCAUCAGGUCAGUCCACUCACAGCAUCACACAAACACACCCCCACCCUGCACUGCUACGCCUUCUCUCCCCCGGGGGGACUUAUCAGGUCAGUCCACUCACAGCAUCACACAAACACACCCCCACCCUGCACUGCUACGCCUUCUCUCCCCCAGGGGGACUUAUCAGGUCAGUCCACUCACAGCAUCACACAAACACACCCCCACCCUGCACUGCUACGCCUUCUCUCCCCAGGGGGACUUAUCAGGACAGUCUGUCCACUCACAGCAUCACACAAACACACCCCCACCCUGCACUGCUACGCCUUCUCUCCCCCGGGGGGACUCAUCAGGUCAGUCCACUCACAGCAUCACACAAACACACCCCCACCCUGCACUGCUACGCCUUCUCUCCCCCGGGAGGACUCAUCAGGUCAGUCCACUCACAGCAUCACACAAACACCCCCCCACCCUGCAUUGCUACACCUUCUCUCCCCCAGGGGGACUUAUCAGUAUAUCCUGUGUGGAGGAGACCAAGUCCUACAUCACGUCUGUUGUCGUGGGGAAAGAUGUCGUGCCCAGAAUUGGUCUGCCCCAGAUGGAGCUGCUGAGGACAGACAUCAUCAACAUGAUCAAGAAGAGCAACGACCCAAAGUGGCAGAUUAUCUCAAAGGGAGUGUUCUGCUGUUGUGGGGACUACACAGGCAAGAAGGGGUCUCAGGUGGACUUAGACCGCAAUGUGACCGCUCACCCUAGUGACUCCCAGAUCGGCCUGUCCGCCCAUGUCCCGCUGUUUCCCCCGGGGAAGAUCAUCCACAUCGUCCGGAGUCACCCAAAGGAGUCAGGGCAUGUUCAUAACCGUCGCUAUUCCAAGAAGCCAGUGUGUCAGAGUUCUGAGCCCGUUUACCAGGCCGUGUGGGCAGGAAAUGGAGACUUCGACGAGGUUCUCAUCUCCCCUACCAUGAUCAACGACCACAUGCCUGACAAUGUCCUAGAGGCCCUGGAGAAGGUUCUGCUGAAGGUCGGUCCAGCCAAGCCAGUGCGGACUCUGACAGAAGCGGAACGCAAGGCUCUGCUGUCCCAUGAGUCUUUGUCCUCUGCCAACAACCCGUCACCAACCAGAGGGACAGUGAUGGUGGAAACUAGCUUCACCAAUGCCUGCUACACUGCCCCCGAUCCCGGCAACGGCGCCCUGAAUGUCAGCGGACCUCGAUCAGUCUCUGGCAGCUGGGAAAAUGUCCCAGAAAAGAUUCUUACUGUAGAGCAUAUACAACAACUAAAUGCCGUGGGCAGGAACCCAGAUUCGGGCACACGUCCAGAAUUCAGUCUAGACCUAGCUGAGAAGCAAUGGGUGGCUGCUCCCUUGGCGAGUCCCGAGGCUUUGUCCGACGUGUCGAGUCUUGGAGGGCUCAGUCACACAGGAAGUCUUGUGGAGAGGGAUGGAAGUCGGAAACCUGUACAAUCCUCUCCCCAGCUGAAGACAAUAGAACAAUCUCCAUUACGGAAAGUCAGAUCUGAGAGCGUGAAGAUCGAAGUGCCCAAUGACAAUGAUGAAGAGGUCAAGGUCGUUGUAGAAAAUAAUGCCAAGAGGAAAAAGGUUGAGUUUGAGGACGAGAAGGUAGCUAAGCAGACUGCCAACAAGCAGGCUGUGGAUAAGGAGAGUGCUGAUAAGGUAGAUGCUGAUCAGGAGGAAAUAGUUAUUCAAAAUGGACCUAAGGGGGUAAGACAAGUCGAGAGAAGUGAAAACCCUGGGGUAGAUUCUAAUUCAGUGACUGUGACAGAUCCUUCAGGGCAGUCUGUGAAGGUGUCAUAUAAAAACACGAAUGGUCACAGUGCCGUGUACAACCGACAUUCACCCGACGAGUCCACCCAGCACGAAUAUGGGCACCCUAAUCUACACUACUCUGCUGCGGGAACAGGCUACCCACAUGGAGCUUACCAUCCACCAAUCAGGUUCCCUGCUGUCAGGCCACGCGAGAAAAUUGUCUCACCACGUGAGAAAACCAACACACCAUGUGAGCAAACCGUCACACCACGUGAGCAAACCGUCACACCACGUGAGCAAACCGUCACACCACGUGAGCAAUCCGUCACAGCAUGUGAGCAAACCGUCACACCACGUGAGCAAACCGUCACACCACAUGAGCAAACCGUCACACCACGUGAGCAAACCGUCACACCAAGUGAGCAAAACGUCACACCACGUGAAAAAAAAGUCACGUCAUUUGAGCAAACCGUAACACCACGUGAACACCCACCUACGUUAAGACACUGCGAAUCUGAGAGUUUAUUCUUACAACCCUCGUUAUCUAAAAUGAGAAGGUCAACUGAAAUGAUGGACUUAGCUCAUAUUCAGGACGAUGCUGAAGUAUUCGUAGAAAAUAUUGAGACUGGUGCCAAGAAACCACGGGCUCGCCUACCAGGACUGCAUGGCACCCCUCAGGCGUCAACGGCAAGUAUGACGCUGGAUAAUGUCCCCGAAAGUCGUCUGUCGUCCACACAUUCAGACGAAGUGUUUGCAUCGCAAGAGUCCGAAGCAUAGCAAGCUUUGGUCUUAGAUGAACAGUAUCUAGGUGUAGAUGAUCAGUCUAUAUGAAACUGAAUUAAUACUGACAGUGUGCUAUGUUUUAAGGUUAACAACCAAGUAUUGAUUAUUUGGAAACAUUUAUGAUAAGCAGACUUACAAUUUUCGACUUUAGCAACCACAACUUUACAGUUUUAUAUCCUAUAUUAUGCCAUGUCAAAGUAAUGGUGAUAGUUUUAGAUAUCAGCUGUAAUAUUGUAUUAGAAAAUAUUGAUGACAAUUUUACCAUUUCAUGUCAUGAAAGUCAUGUUCAUGUUUUAGCAAAUUUACCGUAUUCGCCAGAUUAAGCGUCCCUCUCCGGUAAGCGCCUCCUGACCAAUCUGUAAA